AUGAAAUCCAUAGAUUUUUUCUGCGCCUCGCCUGCUUCGACAGCCAUAUGCUCCAGCAUAGACCACCGGACUAAUGUUGCCCCAUGUUUGUCUUCAAACAAACCUUCCCAUGAUAAGCCCAGAAAGAGUUUCACUCAUAAAUCAGACAAACUCUUAAGACGAAAGAGCUCUGCUGACGUGGAAGAUCUUGUCAAGCUUCGAGCAUCUUCGAGAUACUUGUUGAGCGACGACCAGUCUUUCCUGGAUUCCUCAAAAGCCCUGCUUCCCGUGAUGGGAAAUAAUGCUGCGGAUAGAGAUAAUUAUUACAAGACAUUCAGCACUGAUGGUUUUCGUGGAAAAAUGAGUGAUCAUGUGAAGGGUCAUGAACUACAGAAAAAUCCUUCAAAUCCUCAGGCAAACUCAGAAAAUAUAUAUCAAGAAUGGAAGGCAAGUGUGACAUCAUUCAGUAUAGAUUUGGCAACAAAAAAAGUGACGGUAACUGGUGAUGUGAGUCCAUUAGGUGUACUGAAGAGCAUAUCAAAGGUUAAGAAUGCCCAGUUUUGGGCAUCUUCGAAUUCGUCAUCUUCUUCUUCCACGUCGUCUCCAAGAGUCAGCCUAACAAGAUAG